AUGGACUCUAUGAGAUCUCUGAACACCUCCUUGCCGAGCUCAACACCCCGCUCGCAGCCCCCGGAACAACUCCUCCAACAAUUCAAGGCGGCGGCUUUAUCCGUCACAAACCUCUACAAAAAUGCAGUUUGCGAGCAAGCUUCGGCAAAGCAGGCUGGCUAUCAGGAAGCGGUAGAGGAUCUCCUGCAUUUCCUUGACCGUGAGAACCUCGGUCUAGGAGACGGAGAGGGGUGGAAAGUUCGCCAAUGGGCAACCGAAAGAUGUGAUGGGACUGCAUCUCAGAGCAACGACGAGGAUGACCGAGCCGAAUCCGACAACCGUGAUCGAAGUGCUACUCCCACCACUGCCCGCAAAGAAGCAUCCGAACCAACUGCCCGUCAGCCCCCCACCUCGGCACCUGCUCCUACGUCCAAGCCAGAUCCUACCGCCCUUCCCACACAACCAACUGAACCAAGUCCUCUUACUACUCCAGCCAUCUUCACAUUCUCUGCUGGUCCGACAUACCCCCAGGAACUCGACAUGGAUGAGCAAUCUCCGGACAACUCAUCUGCACCAACGCAAGACGGUGCUCCCGUCAGCGUCUCUAUGAUGCCUCGCAACCCUCGGCCCCACCACCGCCACAACAACCAUGGACGACCGAACGCAAGGCCAGCGGCGCGGGAGUCACCUGCUACUGUCGGGUCGAAGAGGAAAUUCACUUUCCCAGACUUCUUUGACUUAUCGGGACUCAACAACGGACGAGAUACGUUUGGAGGAGGAGGGAAACGGGGCCGUUUCACCUAG